UGUAGCCAAAGACCACCCGCUCGUCGCCGAUCGGAAACGAUGCCAUGCAGCCGAGCCGCCCCCCGCUCCGCGCCCCGGUGCUACGCCACGCGCUGCCGCGGCCGAGCGUGGCGCGGAGGGCCAAGGCCUGCGUGGCUGGAAGCUCCAGAGACCUGCGAGAGCACCUGCUGUUGGCAGCCGCCGGCUGUUGCUUGGGCCGUGGUGCCUUCAAGGACGCCUGGAAGUCCUUGGACGAUCCCUCAAAGAGCUUCGAGGCUCUCUUCCCGGAGAGGAGCCGCAGGGCCUCCGAGAGCCUUGCUCCGCAGCGCCCCGUCGCGCUCCUCGACUCCCAGCUCCGCAGCGCCCCGUCGCCCCAGGCGCUGCGGCGGGCGCUGCGCCAGGCCCAGGAGAAGCGCUGGUUGAACGGUGCCCUGGUGGCCACGGCGGCACAGCGCUGCGGGGAAGCGCGCUGGUGGGAGCAGCUCGUGGAGGUCAUCGAGGCCUCUCGCGGCCUCUCCCUGAGCCCAGCGCAGCAACGGACGGUCUUGCUGGCACUGGCCAGCGCUGGCCAUGGCAGGGGGUCCGAGGUGCUGCGGCUGGCUGUGGAGGUCUGGACGCCGCCAGUGGACACGCUGGAGGAUGGGAAAUCGAUGGUGAGUGCUGCCUUCAAGCUUUGCCGGGCUUUGGGCACCGAGCAGGCAGCUCUCCUCUGGGCGGAUCAGCUGUGGGACUGGGCCAGACGAGUUCUACCACCAGAGGCUUGGAGCUCGGGGACGUUGCCAGAACAACGCCUGGGACUGCUGGAGCUGCAGCAACGCUAUGAGGAGGUGGACGCCAUGGUGAGGACCCUGACGCCCACUGCCUGGCUCCUCCGGAAUCUCCUCUCGGCCGACGCCACGCUGCGCGACUGGCAGCGGGCCGAUGAGCUUUGGGCGCAGAUGGCCAGGGCUGCACCUGCAGAUGGCCUGGCAUACGCAGCCUAUGCCAAGGUGCACCUGCUUUGUGGCCGGCCGGGUGCUGGAUUGGAGAUCUUGGAUCAGAUCAUGCACGGUGUUCACGAAGAGGACACCUACCUGGAUGCCCAAUACGCGAUAGACUACCUGCAGAUGUUGCUGGUCGUGUGUCACUCCCACACUGAUGCUGUGAAUCUCCAACGCCUACGAGGCCAUAUGGCACAAGGCUCCUUCUUGGUGUCGCUGUCGAACUCCCGGGGCCUGCAGAGGCAUUGGGACCGUUUAGAAGUAUACCCCACGCUUUCUCCACUUCCUCGAUCAUUGAAGGCCCUGGGCCACCAGCUGCUGGCGACGCCCUACCGUGCCGCCACGGUGAAGGAUCUCCUGGUGACCCGAGCCGCUCAGGAGAGUGUGAUGAAGGAUUGGGACUUCGCUCCUAACAGCGGAUACCUUUGGGACUUUGCUGCGCCGAGCGGCAAAAGAGAAGCAGAGAACGCCCAAAAGACGGGGGACAAAAAGGUGGAGACGCGUCGAGAGGUGAAUGUGGACGAAGAGCCUGGAGUGCAUGGUUUUGGGUUCUCUGAGGUUCUCGACAAGGCGCAUGUGGCUGAACACUCGGAGCGUUCGGGGUUUGGGGAUCGGCCAGCGUUCCUUUACCCGACCGGUGGCUUUGAAGCGGAGUGCUUCGAGCGGAGCCGCCGUUGGGAGCAACCGAGCCGGAACCCUGGCACCUGGGGCUUGGUUGGUGGAAUGCUCUCGCCCGAGGAGCGCUGGAUCUACCGAAGCAACGGGCUGCCGGAGUGGCUCUGGAAGCGGGUGCUGCGCCGGGCAGCGCUGCGCGAAGCCUUAGAAGAGAUGGGCGGCUCCGAGUCCGACCUGGCCAAGGCCAAGAUCAUCUUCGAGCCGCUCUGUGUCCAAGUGACCCAGGACGGACAGGUGGUGCGGCUUGGACGGAAGGUGGUGGAGGCAGUAGUGCCAGCUGGAUUGACCUUCAUGGAGGUCGACGAGCAACGCUCAAGACCGCUGAGGAUAGGGAGCAGCCACACCUUCGUGUUCGUCUACGUGAUCGACGGUCUCCGCGAUGGUGUGGGAUUUCUGGACGACCAGUGGCGUCCACGAGAACCCCCUCAGUGGGGCGAGGUGGACGAGAGCCAGGGCGUUUUCGGCUACGAAUGGAGGCCCCUCUCCUAUAUUGACGAGGCCUCAGCUGCGUGCCAUUUGCACCCCGUCGUGCGCCUGCUCCAAGCUGCCGACGUGCGGGCAGCUGCUGACGCGUUGGCAGAGGGGUCCAGAGUGGUGCCCAGCAUUGCUUGGCGCGAUGGCAGUGUACAAAUGUUGCAGAUGAUGGCCACCGCCGCGGAGACCAAGAGCUGGCUGGGGCAGCGCGAUGGGAGCGGUUGCAGCCUGAGCAGCUGUGAGGGCAUGGAGAAGGCAGUGGAAGCCUUGCAGUACUUCAAGGAGGAACAGGGCCCCCUUGAGUACCACGACGGCGAGCUAUGGGGAGGACGAGUAGGCCCUAUGCUCAGGCUUUGCGCCGCGGCUGUGGAGCGGAAUGGCUCGGUGUGGGCCGACUGGACCGAUGCCUCCAAGCACAGCCUGCAGGACUGGGAGAACUGGGACUUCGAUGGCUCGGGCCAGCAGAGUUGGAUGAAGGCUCGUGGACAGGUUCUCCGAAACCUCCUCGCCGACGCCGGUUCUGCCGACGCUGCUGCCACCGCGCCGGGCGACGCGCCCGGGGCGGACGAGCGGGGGCGGCGCUGGCGCCGCGCGUGA